AUGAAUAAUAUUCUUUCCGUUCUCAAGGAAAUCCUCAAGGAGAAAAGGAGUCCAUGUUUUGACGAUUUUGCUUCUGACGAACUCAUUUUAUGGCGAAAUACGGUUGAAGAAACUUUUCACGACCUCAGAGAAAAAAAUAUUCAAGUUGUAUUCGGAACUCCUGCAUCAGCACGGAGUUACUAUAAGAUGCAAGUCGACAUGACUGCCUUGAUCUGUGAUGCUCUCAUUCAAUCAUUCGAUACCGUUCCAAGUCAAGUGGAUGAUCUUAAACCUCUUUAUGAUGCGCCACUUAUUCGAAAAUUGCCCGUAUCUUUUUACGAAGAAAAAAAAUUUCCUCAGGUUGCAGAAUUUAUCAAAACAAGUGAUGAUGAAUGUGGAAGUAUUCUAGCAAACAACAAUUUGAAAAGCAGAACUUAG